CACAAAUCCAGGCAGGGCUGGUGUGUGCCAGCAGAAGAGAGAAAUGUCUCCCAAAGAACACAUCACUUUCUAGAAAUCAAAAGAUGAUGGAGAAGAUCCAUGGAUUUCAGCAGAGCAAUUAGUAUUUGCAACAUUCCAGGGGGAGGUAUGUUGCUCGUCCCUGCAAGAGAAAUCUAAUGGGAGAUUCACCAUACUGCUAGAAUGACAUAUCAAACAGGAUCACAGAACUCUAAACCAUACAAAGCUGAGGAAGAUUUAACAAAGGCGGUUAAUAUUGAUUUUAGAAAAGUUGGUCAUCUUGACAUUACAGUAUGUUGUUCCAUAUGCGAUGAACCCGUGAACAUUAGGCAUCUUUUCCAUCAUAAGAAAGCCCACCAAGCUCAGGCUGUACUGGGUUAUCAGAGAGCAUGGAUGGAUCCGACAGACAUACAAGAAAUAGACCUCCAGAGGAAGCAACUAAUCUCAAGAAUGAGAAAGAUUGCUAAGUAUCCUGAAAGAGAGAGAGAAAAAAUUGACUGUUCAUUUAAUUUCCUCAAGGAAACCCUUAAAACUGCUCCGUAUUUUUGCAUCAAGAGUGUUGCACAAAGUUCAGUGCAAAUUAAAGUAGUAAGCAACCCACUAAUAAAAGCCAUAGCAAUUUGUCAAGACAAAAAUGCCUUUUGGCACCAAGACUUGGAAGAUGUUUUUGUUGUGACAGACAACUAUGGAAACAGGAAAGGCACAUGUUUUAUUGGACUCUUUGAUGGAGCCAAUGGAAUUUCUGCUGCUCAGACAACUUCAGCUGAACUUCCUCUCCUAUUACUCGACCAGCUUUCUCGGGGAGAUUCUUCCUAUGAAGUCGGUCAAUCUGAAAAAAAAGUGCUGGACUCAUUUCGCACCAUCUUUAGACCAGAUUAUAAAUUACGAGAGAAUAUUUUCACUGCUAGGAGAGUCAAAAGAAAGCGAUUUGGCUCAAAGACUCAUGAAUGGAUUCACAGAGCAUACGCAAAGUCUUUUUGGCGAAUGGACAGGCUUUUACGACUUGGGAGAAAUGAAACUUCUAGAGUUUGUUGGAGCAGUUGCACAGCCGUCACUUGUUUACUGGAAACACUAAGCAGUGAAAAGCAACAACAAGAUGAAGGGGGAAAGAAAAGAUUUGGAAGCAUAACUACUGAAAAGCUACAAAAUGCCACAGAACAGGAAGAAUUGUCUGAAAUGAUCACCGGAACAAAGAGAAAAAGCAACACAAAAGAAGAGACAGACAGUACCACAGAACAGCCAGUUGAGAGAAGGGAUGAGGAGGAAGAACAGAUCAUCAUACAAGAAGAAGAGAAACAGGUGCCAGAAGAAAUUAAUGAGAGGACAAAAAAAAUCAGCAUUGAACAAGGAAUGGGUAAAAUCCCUGAACAGCAGAGAGAAGAACCACUUGGAAACAUGAAUGGCAAAAAGAAUGAAAAUGCCAUACAGGAGGAGGAGGAGUUGUUGCCUGAAAGGAUCACUGGUGCAAAGAUAAAAAGCAUCACAGGACAAGACAGUAUCACAAAUUAUCAGAAAGAGGAACCAAAUGAAAGAAUCAAUGAGGAAACAAAGGAACAAAAUGCCAUACAACAGGAGGAAGAACUUCCUGAAAGGAUAAUCCAAGAAAUAACAAGUAAAAUGGAACACAAGAUAAGCAAUAGUAUCGUGGACCACCUUAGAAACGAGUCAAUUGAUAGAAUAAAUGCUAACAAAGAGGAGCAGGAUGUCAUCCCACAGGAGGAACAAGAGGAGACUGAGCAGCCUGAAUGGACAGUUGAAGGAAAGGAGAAAAGUACCAUGGAAGAGAAACAAGAAGAGCCAUGUGAAAUGCAUGAUCAAAUGACAAAGACAGGAGAAACUGAGCAGAGUAUAAAUGAUGAAGAUGGAAUUCAAGAAGAAGAUCUGUUUGAAAACAAUCAAAGUUCAGAUGAAGCAAGUGUUGGACUAAUACACAUUGCUAACAUUGGUAACGUUCAUGCAGUUUUAUGCAAAAAUGGGAAGAGCUAUUGGGUUACCAAGGAACAUACCACUUAUUCCAGAAAAGAAAAGCUACGUGUUAUUCGGAAUGGUGGACAGAUCAGCAGUAAUGAACCCAAAGGACUGAUAGAAGGACUUAUAAAAAAUACUCGUGGUUUAGGCCACCAUGGAAAUCCACAGUUGAAAAAAACAGUUAUUCCUGUACCACAUACAAUCUCCUUUCCUGUUGAUGAUUCAUGUCAGUUUCUUAUUUUAGCUACUAGUGGACUUUGGGAAGUUCUAGAUAAAAAGGAAGUAGUAUUAUUAGCAUUAACUAUGUUUUCAGCUUAUCUGGAAAACUAUCACUACAUCCAACUAAAGAAAAACUGCCCAUCCAAAGAUUCAAAGUGUUCUUUGAAUGAUUUAGAAGAUGAAUUCUAUUUGUGGUAUUCAAAUCAAGAUUUUUUCCCAGACAAAGAUAAAAAUCUGGGUGAAAAUAAUAAUGCACAGGUAUUGCCCCCGAUAAACAGUGGCACAAAAGAGGAAACACUAAGUCAGGCAAGAUCUUUUAGAAGCAAUUCAGAAGAUGAAGAAUCAGAAAGCUCUUUAGAACCACCCUCUUUUGAGACAUCUUCAGAAGAUACAACAAAAAGAGAAGAGAGCACAGAAGGAUCUGGAAUUCCAGGUGUUCCAAGUCAAAGAUUUGACAAUGAAAGCGAUGAAACUUCACAAACAUCAGAAACUUCGGGGGGAAAUUCUUGGACAUUUUAUGACCUUGCAGCAAAGUAUAUUAGUAAGCACCUAGUAAAAGCUGCACUAAAAGCUGGUUCUAGAGAUAAUAUUACUGUUUUGGUUGUACUCUUAAAUGGAUGUGAUAAGAUACCCACGUACGUCUAUCAUGUAUAGCAUGUUUAAAAACAGACAGUCCUUGCAAUAGAAAAAACAAACUUGUCAACUCCCUUAUGCUUUGAAAA